AUGUCCCCCGUGGGUGGCACGUCCUCUGCUCCCUACGACUUCAGCCUCUGGUACUUCCCCGAGGAUGACCACGUCGCCUCCCGCAUCGCAGAGCGCCUGAGGGAGGAGGGAUUUCGGGGCUUCACGGAGCACCAGGACCAAGUGGCUGGGACAUCCGUCAUCCUAUCGGCCGUGGAGGCCAUCGAGGCCAGCCGGGUGGCCAUCCUGCUGCUCUCGGCCAAGUCCGUGGGCGACCGGUGGUGCGAGCACGUGUCCCAGUGGAACCUGUUCCGCAGUAUCCACCAGCGCGGCCCCAGGGUGGUCCCCGUGUGCGUGGGGGUGACCAGAGCCGAGGUGCCGGCGUUCCUGCAGCACCUCGUCCCGCUGGAAUACCAGAACGAGUUCUUCUUCCAGCGGCUGCUGGCCAGCCUGAGGUCCCGCCCAAGGAGCCGGGCCAGCUCGGCAGCUGCACCGGGAGACGCGGAGCGGGCGGGAUGGGGCGAGCGGCUGCCGCCCCUCCCUUGGGACGAGCACCGGGCCGGUGGGUCCGGCGUGGCCAGCGGGGGCUCGGACUCACUGGCCGGAGCGGUGGCAGGUGCUGGUGGGGACGGGACCUGGCUCCAGCCGUCGAUCAUCGGGGGACACGAGGCCAGAGAACACUCCCGGCCCUACAUGGUGUCCCUCCAGUUCGGGGGGGUUCACGUCUGCGGGGCAGCGCUGCUGCACCGGAGCUGGGCGCUGACGGCCGCGCACUGCCUGCAUCGCAGGCCGUGGGACAAGGUGCGGCUGGUGGUGGGGCUGCACAAGUGGCAGGACCGCGGGGCGGACACGCAGAGCUUCAGCAUCCGGGCUGCCUGUCCCCACCCCGGCUACGACCGACAGACGAUGGAGAACGACCUGCUCCUGCUCCAGCUGGACGGGAAGGUGACGCUGAGCAGGACACGGCAGCUGAUCUCGCUGGCGAGACGGGAGCCGGCGCCGGGGGCGCGGUGCAGCCUGGCGGGCUGGGGGGUCGUGGACUCCCAGGGCCGGCAGCUGUCGCCCACCCUGCAGGAGCUGGAGGUGACGGUGGUGGACACGCAGAAGUGCGACAGCAGCAGCUUCUGGCGCGGCAAAAUCGGCCCCGCCAUGAUCUGCUUCCAGGGGCAGCACCGCGGCUCGGCACCCACCAAGGGUGACUCGGGGAGCCCGUCGGUGUGCGGGAAGCGGCCGGCAGUGGCCGGCGUGAUGUCCUUCAGCAGCAAGAACGCCACCAACCCUUUCAAGCCGCCGGUGGCCACCUCGGUUGUGACGUACAAGAAAUGGAUCCAGAAAACGCUGCGGAGGGGCUGCGGAUCCGGCCAGCCCGAGCACCCGGGACAGACCAAACACCCCUUCCUAUUUACACAGGUUGGCUUUUAAUUGGGAAUACUGUCCAGAGUCUGGUAAAAUAACAUCCUUAGUACAUAGAUACAGUGACGGCGAGCGGAGCCCGGCAGAGCCCGGCGGGAUUGUCGGUGGAGGAGGGGGAGGGCGGUGGCUUGUAGCCGGGGGGCGAUGCUGGCCCUCCUGUGCAUUCCGUUACAGCACUCAGGAUUGCUGCUCCUGGGAUUUUCCUCCUU